CUGGGUUGCCGGCUCGCGUGUGUUUCCAUUCCUCAUAUUAUUUCCACAUCUCCAUUUGACUUCAAACUGCAUUUCCCCAUCACGGUCACAAGAUGUCGCCGGAGACCGUGCUACAGAAUUGCGUCUGCCGUGCAGAAACUCCUCCGACGUCGAAAACGUCACGAACGGGGAGUGUUCAGCGUCGACUCAACCCAGUUAAGAAUCAGACGAGCCACGCGAAGCGAACGGGAGCGGCAAGCAAUCCGUCAAAGGAUAUACAUUUGUAUUUUUGUUCAUUGCCUGUGGAUAUUGACCAAAGGAAAACGGAAUUGGUGUUGUCGAGUUGAGCAGGAAUGGCUUCUCCGGGCCAGUGGCGAACCGUCGGGGGCCUUUUUUUCACUCUGCUUUGUCUGUGCGGCCGGACCGCGGCUCAGAUAUCCUACUCCAUCUCGGAGGAGGUAGACAAAGGGACCGCGGUGGGAAAUCUCGCCAAGGAUUUCAACCUCAGCGUGCAGCAACUCCAAGCCGCGGGGCUGCACGUCAACUCCGCGUACAAAAAGCGAUAUUUCGACGUUGAUCUGCAAUCUGGAAUCUUGGUCGUCAGCGAGAGAAUAGACAGGGAGGAGCUGUGUCCGAACGUGUUGAGAUGUUCUUUAAAUAUCGAAGCCGCGUUGAGUCGUCCUCGCAGGCUUCACCAAAUCGAGGUUGUGAUUCGUGACGUUAAUGACAACGCUCCGGUUUUCAGUCAAGAAACUGCAACGAUAGAUUUGUAUGAAAAUUAUUUUCUCGGGGAAAGGCAUCCACUUCCACUCGCACAUGACGCAGACGCGGGCGCCAACUCAGUGAAAACGUAUCAAUUAAAGCCGAAUGAAUACUUUGUCUUGGAUGCGCAAAGCAACGGCGAAAGUGCAUCUGCUGAGUUACUGCUGCACAAAGCAUUAGACAGAGAAAAGCAGCCAGUCGUCGACCUCACGCUUCUUGCCAUUGAUGGAGGAAAACCUCCGAAAUCAGGCACCAUCCAAAUCCUCAUCAAUGUCCUCGAUGUCAACGACAACUCUCCUUUGUUCAGCAAAUCUCUCUACAAGGUCCGAGUUGUUGAAAAUGCAGACAUCGGCACGCAGUUGUUAAGGCUUUCUGCUAGCGAUUUAGACGAUGGCGUUAACGGGCAACUGACGUACUCGUUUGCGGAAAGAGGGCGUUUUAACCCCGAUCACGUGUUUGCCUUGGAUGAAAAUACAGGCGAAAUCAGUGUCAAAGGUGAUAUUGAUUAUGAGGACACUCAAGCCUAUGAGAUUGGCGUUCAAGUGCGGGACAAAGGCGUUCCUCCUCGCUUGGCGCACAGCAAAGUCUUAGUGGAGGUCAUUGACGUCAAUGACAACGCGCCGGAAAUCACCGUGUCGUCUCUCAUGAGUCCUGUGAAAGAGGACGCCGAGAUAGGCGCUGCCGUUGCCAUGGUGAGGAUUACCGAUAAGGAUGGGGGGCAAAAUGGCCAAACAAAGUGCCUCAUUGUUGGAUCUGUGCCAUUCCUAUUAAAGUUGAACUAUAAAAAUUACUACUCACUGUUGGUUGCCGGGCCUCUUGACAGAGAGCGAACAUCCCGGCAUCUCGUCACACUCGCCGCGACUGACGAAGGAAAGCCGGCUCGGUCCACGACACGAGUCAUCGACAUUCAAGUUUCGGACGUCAAUGACAAUCCGCCUCACUUCGCCGAGCGUGAAAUUAAUAUUUACGUGAAGGAGAAUAGUCCGGUUGGAACGACGAUUUACACUUUGACGACGACGGACGCCGAUUCGGUUGAAAACGGAAAAGCAUCUUAUCGUUUGAUUGACAGUUCUUUUAAAACGACACAAACGGCUUCAUUGAUAAACAUCGACUCGGAGAGCGGCGACAUCGUCACUUUGCAGUCGUUCGACUACGAGACGCUCAAGACGUUCGAGUUCAAAGUCCAGGCCGCGGACCGCGGCGUUCCUCCGCUGAGCGGCGAGGCGAGCGUCAACGUCUUCAUCCUGGACGAGAACGACAACAGUCCCGGCGUCCUGCCGCCCUAUUCCGAGCACGGCUCGGCCAACGGCGAGAGCGUCCCCUUUUCUGCCGAAGCGGGAUACUUCGUGGCGAAGAUCAGGGCCGUCGACGCAGACUCGGGAUACAACGCGCUGCUCUCCUAUCGCCUGUCCGAGCCCAAAGGCGGCGACGACGGGCUCUUCCGGAUCGGAAGCGGCACCGGGGAGAUUCGGACCAAGAGGAGAAUGAGUGACGAUGACCUGAAAAGUCACCCCUUGGUGGUGUUGGUGUGUGAUCACGGAGAAGCCUCCCUGUCAGCUACUGUGUCUAUUGACGUGCUGGUGCUGGAAAGCGCAGCCGACGUCCGCGCUCCGUUCAGACACGUGCCCGGAAAGGAGGAGAGCUUCUCCCGUUUCCACUUGUAUCUGCUCAUCGCCAUCGCGGCCGUGUCGCUCGUCUUUCUGCUCGGCCUGCUGGCUUUCGCGGCCUUCAAAUGCCGCGGACGGACGGACGGCGCCCCGACGAUCGGCGCCCGCCCCGACGGGAGCCGGUCUUACUCCAAAGCCACUCAGCAGUAUGACGUGUGUUUGGGCUCGGACACGCUCAAGAGCGACCUGGUGCUCUUCCCCUCGCCCUUUCCGCCGGGGGAAGCGGAACUCAUCAGCAUUCACGGCGGGGACACCUUCGGCAGGACUCAGACUUUGCCUCAUACCGAGAAGGUAGGCUUUACAUUUAUACAGUUGUUAAUAGAUAUAUACAGUUAUACUGUGUAUUGAAACGGUGGAC